UUUUGUUUUCAUUGUUUACGACUUCACUACCGAGUUCUUUGUUUUAUUUAAUUUAUUGAUAUUUUAAUCUAGUGUAAUUAAUGCUAAGUAAUGAGGGAGACCGAGGUUACAAAAUUCUUAGUGUCAUUCAGUGGUCAUAUAGAGCAUGUGCGAUUUCCAGCAGGUGUAUUCGAUGAUCAACUAUACUUACAGUACGAUAUCGUUUGGGGCGAAGACUGGAGUCCCAUAUCCGGUUUGAGUUCUGGCACCAGUCAGAUGGCUACGUCGGGUCAUGAUCCAGAAAGGGUCAUAUUCAAUAUGCCGAUAGAAAUGGUCUUCGGCAGCACUAAUGUAUUUGGGUGGCCACAGCUAGUAGUGACAGUGCGAGCCAAGAACAGUUUAUGUGGGGACAGUCUCCGCGGGUACGCCGUGCUGCUGCUGCCGCCCACGGCGGGCUCGCAGCGGCUGUCGGCGCAGCUGGUGCGGCCGCGCCCCGCCACGCUGCUGGGCGAGUGGCUCGCGUGGCUGACGGGCAGGGGCCCGGAGCUGGCGGAUCCGAAGAUGUUGGCCGACGGGAAAGACAAUUAUUUGCUAAGCACCGAGUCGUACGGAAGUGUCUCACUGCAGGUCACGAUGGUGUCGAAGGACUUCCGGAAACUUGGCUACGACAAUCAACCGGCUGUCUGGAAGAGCCUUUGAUUCAAAUAAAAAUAAUUAAUUAAAUAAAAACAUUGUAAAUAA